AGCUGCCCUCCCUCCGUCUGCCUGCGCGCGAACCCCCACUGCCGCGCGCCGCCCCCUCCGCCCGCGCUCCCCAUCCGCUCCCGGGUGCUGGCCGCACGCCCAGCUCGCCCGCUGCGCUCGACACGCCGUCGCGCCGCCUGGGCCCGCGCCCGCCUCCGCCGCCAUGACGAGCUUCUCGACCAUGUCGCUGUACGCGCUGACGGUCAAGCAGCCGUCGGCGACGCAGGACGCCAUCACCGGCGACUUCAUGGGCAACCAGCGGCAGCAGAUUCUGACCGCUAGCGGCUCGCGCCUGUCCCUCGUCGAGGUCUCGCGGCGGCAGAAGGGCUUCCAGGAGAUCUACUCGCAGGACGUCUUUGGCAUCAUCCGCCGCAUCUCCAAGUUCCGCCUGGCUGGCGGCAGCAAAGACCUUAUAGUCAUCACGACUGACUCGGGCCGCCUCGUCACCUUCGAAUACGAACAUGAGCCGCACCAGCAGUUCAAGACGGUCCAUUACGAGACGUUUGGCAAGUCGGGCAUCCGUCGCGUGGUCCCGGGCGAGUAUCUCGCCGUCGACCCCAAAGGGCGCGCCAUCAUGAUUGCCUCCGUCGAAAAGAACAAGCUGGUCUACAUCCUCACCCGCAGCGGACAGACGGACAUCGCCAUCUCGUCUCCACUCGAGGCCCACAAGCCACAGACGCUGGUCUAUUGCCUCAUUGGCUUGGAUGUCGGCUAUGACAACCCCAUGUUCGCUGCCCUUGAGCUCGAUUUCUCCUCGGCCGAAACAGACCCCACUGGAGAGGCAGUCCAGGAGCUGCAGAAGGAGCUGGUCUACUACGAGCUGGACCUGGGUCUGAACCACAUCGUCCGCAAGUGGUCCGAGCCUGUCGAUCGCACUGCGCACGCGCUGUUCCGCGUCCCUGGCGGCCAGAAUGCGCCCAGUGGAGUGCUCUGCUGCGGUGAGGACAACAUCACAUACCACCGCAUCUUCAACAACAAGGCACAGAUGCACCGACUGGCGAUACCACGUCGAGAAGGUGCGACCGAAGAUCCCAAUCGCAAGCGCGUUAUCGUGACGGGCACUUUGUACAUGCUCAAGGGCGGCGACUUCUUCUACUUGCUGCAGACGGACGAUGGAGAUGUCUUCAAGCUGAACAUCACUCACGACAAUGGGGCCGUUGAGAAGAUCAAGAUCAAGUACUUCGAUACUCUUCCGAUCGCCACCAGCAUUUGUAUCUUGCGUGCGGGAUUCGUUUAUCUCGCUUGCGAGUCUGGUGAUCGCACCAUCUACGAGCUCGAGUCGCUUGGUGAUGACACAGAGGACCCCAUUUUCGAGAGCACCCAGUUUCCGGUUGAUCCCACGGCUUCAUACGCCCCUCCGUUCUUCAAGCCACGGGAACUCACCAACUUGACCCCCGUCGAAGCUCUACCAAGCUUGAACCCCAUCAUGGAUAUGGAGGUCGCUAACCUGGCGCUUGAAGACGCCCCGCAAAUCUACACCAUCAACGGAACAGGCGGACGAGGCACGUUUGGAACAACCCGCAAUGCAUUAGAAGUACUCGAUCUGAUCGAAUCACCGCUACCUGCUAACGCCAUCGGCGUUUGGACGACGAAGAUGAAUGUGGAGGACACUGAGGAUCAAAUCAUCGUCCUAUCUAUGGCCAGCUCAACUCUGAUCUUGAAGAUUGGCGAAGAUGUCGAACAGGCUCAGAACCAUGGCUUCUUCGAAGAAUCAAGCACUCUUGGUGUCCAGCAGUUUGGUGAAGACUGCAUCAUCCAGAUCCACCCGAGGGGAAUCCGGCAUAUACGGAACCUUCAAUUCGAGCAAGGGGAUGCUCAGGGAAAUCACCCCAAGAUCACCAACUGGGAUUCACCGCCCCAUCGAACGAUUGUUGCUUGCGCAGCCAAUAACCGACAAGUCGCAAUCGCUUUGAGCUCUGGGCAGAUUCUGUACUUCGAGUGUGAUUCAGACGGCUCAUUGGCCAUGGCUGAAGACGACGACAUCGUCUUGGACUCGACCAUCAACUGCAUAGCCAUUCCUGAGGUGCCGGCGGGUAGCAUCCGCGCGAAUUUCAUGGCCGUGGGUUGCAGUGACCAGACAGUCCGGAUAUACAACCUCGCCCCUGACGUGGAAGGCAACAUUCUUCGAAGCAUUUCCGUGCAAGGUCUCUCUUCGCCACCCAGCGAUCUGACUAUCAACUAUAUGAGCGACAAGUCACCACGGGGUUACAGUCAAUUUUUGCACAUCGGCUUGCGGAGCGGUGUGUAUAUCCGCUCGGUGCUGGACGAGAUGACUGGUGAGAUUGGUGAUACACGGAGACGUUUUCUUGGUCCGGAAGCCAUUACGUUUGCGCGCGUCACGGCUGCCGGUGAGCCUGCAGUGGUGGCGAUGACCUCGCGUCCAUGGCUGGCUUAUACCCACCCGCGGACCUCAGUUCUCCAAUUGACUCCCCUCAACUACAUUCCGUUCAAGUCGGCGUGGAAUUUCGAUGGCUCGGCGUUCAAAGGCAUAAUAUGCGUGAACGCCAACGAACUGCGAAUCUUUACGUUCAACGACUUACUCGACAACACAACAUACGAACCCAUAUCGCUUCGCUAUACUCCGCGGAAGUUCGUGUCUUACCCCGAUCAAGGCCUUUUCUACGUGAUCGAAAGCGAGCACAACACGAUCGGUGCCGGCAUCCGUCAGACCCUCAUUGAUCAAGCCCAGUCGAACGGUGCCGUAAAGAUGGAGACUGACGGAGAGGAGGCCUUGACGAACGGCCAUACCUACGGCGAUGAGCUAGAUCCGACAAAAUUUGGAUACCCCAAAGCCCAAGGCCAAUGGGCUUCCUGCAUCCAGAUCAUCGACCCAGUCACCGAGAAGAAGGUCUUACAGUCGCUAGAACUAAAAGACAACAAAUCAGCAGUCAGUGUCGCCCUCACCUAUUUCGAGAGCCGGGGUGACAACGAUAUGUAUCUGUGUGUUGGAACGGCCAAAGAUCUACGCUUUACACCAUACCAUUACACGUCCGCCUCAAUCCAGCUCUUCAAAGUCUCUCCAGAUGGAAGGCAGCUGGAGUUUGUGCACGAGACAGAAGUGUCUCAACCUCCUCUAGCGCUCCUAGCUUUCAAAGGCAAGCUAGUUGCUGGUAUCGGUUCAGACUUGGCUCUUUACGACUGCGGUAUGCGCUCACUGCUGCGCAAGGCGAUGCAGCCCAACGCCGUUUCAACUCGCAUCACCGGCCUAAAGACACAAGGAAGCCGAAUUGUCGUCUCUGAUCAGACACAAUCGGUGACCUAUGUUGUACACAAAGACCAAGUCCAUCCAAACCGCCUCAUCUCCUUCGCCGAUGAUACUGUUGCUCGGCAUACUACUUGCGCCGAAAUGCUAGACUACGAAACCACCGUAGGUGGCGACAAGUUUGGCAACAUCUGGAUUGUGCGAUGUCCUACCAAGGUAUCAGAAGCUGCGGACGAAUCUCCCGACGGACUCAACUUGACACAAGACAAAGCCUACUUGGCCGGCGCACCGAAUCGUCUUGAUCUUGUCGCGCACUAUUUCACAAACGACAUCCCCACAUCCGUCCAGCGAACGAAUUUGAUUUCAGGUGGUGAACGUGUCAUCUUCUGGGCUGGUCUGCAAGGCACCCUGGGCGCGCUCAUUCCGUUCUCGUCCCGUCGCCAGCAGAAGAUGUUUCAGCAACUGGAACUGCAAUUGCGGGGUGAUGAUAAGCCAUUGAGUGGGCGCGAUCAUCUUGCAUAUAGGAGUUAUUUCACACCUGUCAAGAGCAUGAUCGAUGGUGAUCUGGUUGAACGCUUUCUCGUCUUGAGCCGAGAUAAGCGGGAAAGCAUUGUCGGCCAGUUGCAAGGCAAUUGGACUAGUGAGAUGGUGGAUGAAGCUAUCUGGAAUAUGCGGGGCUUGUAUGCGUUCUGAGCUGUUUGAGUUGUAUUCGGCGCAUUGCCAAUAUCACUCUCGAGCACAGCUCACCAUUCUGGCUUUGCUAAAUGAGUGAGCAUAGCGCCCGCUUGAUGAGUAUCUGCGAAGCAACAGCCGGCGUCAUAAGGAAGGUUGAAAAAGUCAUGCCAGACGCUUUGGCGUUUAGCGUCAUGUACAAGCGUGAUUUGACUAGUGUAAUGUAUGUCAACGAUGAUACCAAUACAACAAUCCACACUUCG